AAUGUGCAUAACAAUUAAAAAAACAAAUUUCGCUGCAUUUUUGGACCACCCUUACGAGGAUAUUGCAAGUAAGAAUACAAAUUUCCCGCGAUAGUUUAGGACAAAUCACAGAGAGGCACGGUUCAGGUGGAAAAAAUAGAUACCAGAAAAAAAACCCGCAAUUUAGAUUGGCAGCAUUGACGUCACGAAGUGUGUUGGAGUUGGAACUUGGAAAAGUGUCAACUUGCCGAUUGUUUAUAUCAUGGCGUCUGCCAGCGAAAAUGCUACCGAAGAGCGAACAGAACCCGUUUCGGCUCAAACUGCCGCCAAUCCCGUGACAGAAGCAACCCACAAAGCAAUAGCGAUGGAUAAAGAUCCUGAUUUAUCAGCAGCAGCGCCAGCGAAAAAAUCGCGCGUAGAAGUCCAGUCUCUUCCAACCCGGCAAUAUUUGGACCAAACUGUCGUUCCAAUAUUACUCCAAGCACUCUCCAGUUUAGCGAAAGAGCGACCACCGGAUCCUAUCAACUAUUUAGCCGGUUACCUCGUCAAAAAUAAAAGCCAAUACGACAACGGAGGAUCUCCACCCACCAGUCAGUGAGAAUUCGAUAGGCAAUUUAAUUAUGGCAAAAUAUUCAACUCGAAAAGACCCGGCGCGAGGACUAAAAUUCGAUGGAUUAUCCUCUUCAUUUACGGACGUUGAGUUCAUUCAUGUGAAAACUAAUUCGAAUCAAAGUUGCCAAGAUAGGCGGUAUUUUUUUUUAUUAAAGAAUUUUAUCCUCUUUUUAAUUUCAUAUGUAGAAAGAAUAUGCCAUUUUUUCUCUUCCACUUACUUCUAAGAUUUACAUUUUACAAGAUUACCUGACUCAAAAUUGGCCCGAUCUCAAUAUUGUGAUUUAAUUAAGCGUAACGAGAUUUAGGUCGAAACAAGACUAAAUGGAUGUACUUUAUAUUGACGAAUAAAUCAUACACAACGAA